AUGGCUAUACCAAUAACAGUGCUUGAUUGUGACCUCUUGCUGUAUGGCAGGGGUCAUCGGACGUUGGACCGUUUUAAGCUGGAUGAUGUGACUGAUGAAUACUUGAUGACCAUGUAUGGUUUUCCUCGGCAAUUCAUUUAUUACUUGGUGGAGCUCUUGGGAGCAAGUCUUUCCAGACCUACUCAGCGAUCUAGGGCUAUUAGCCCAGAAACACAGAUACUUGCAGCAUUGGGCUUUUAUACCUCAGGUUCCUUCCAGACUCGGAUGGGAGAUGCUAUUGGAAUCAGUCAGGCCUCUAUGAGUCGUUGUGUUGCCAAUGUCACCGAAGCACUUGUGGAAAGAGCCUCACAGUUCAUUCGUUUUCCAGCUGAUGAAGCCUCCAUACAGGCUCUGAAGGAUGAAUUCUAUGGGUUGGCAGCCAUGCCAGGGGUGAUAGGGGUGGUUGACUGUAUCCAUGUGGCAAUCAAGGCACCAAAUGCUGAAGACCUGUCCUAUGUGAACCGAAAAGGUCUGCAUUCUUUAAACUGUCUAAUGGUGUGUGACAUCAGAGGGGCACUAAUGACUGUGGAGACAAACUGGCCAGGCAGCCUACAGGACUAUGCUGUGCUGCAGCAGUCUUCUCUCAGCAGUCAAUUUGAAGCUGGAAUGCACAAAGAUAGCUGGCUUCUUGGUGACAGUUCCUUCUUUCUCCGCACCUGGCUCAUGACUCCACUUCACAUUACUGAAACUCCAGCUGAAUAUCGCUAUAAUAAGGCCCAUUCUGCAACUCACAGUGUGAUUGAGAAGACUUUCCAAACCCUCUGCUCCCGAUUCCGCUGCCUGGAUGGAUCCAAGGGAGCACUGCAGUACUCACCAGAGAAGUCCAGCCACAUCAUCUUGGCUUGUUGUGUCCUCCACAACAUCUCCCUGGAGCAUGGAAUGGAUGUUUGGUCCUCUCCAAUGACAGGACCCAUGGAACAGCCCCCUGAAGAAGAGUAUGAGCACAUGGAGUCCCUGGACUUAGAGGCUGACCGUAUCCGUCAGGAGCUGAUGCUUACUCAUUUUAGCUAAUGUGG